AUGGCACUUUCAAACAGUGUAGAUAACUCAACCCUCACUCUUUUCGCAGCCUUUAUGUUCACAAAUGUACAGUUUCUGUCUGUACAAUUACCGAUUGAGAUCAUAAAGGAGAUCUUUGAGUAUCUUCCGAUUCCCAAUGAAGAACUCUUUGGUAAAGGAGAUGGUGGAGCUCAGAAAUGGAAAAAUCUAAAGAGUCUGACAUUUGAAAUCCUCAACACACCAAGAGAAGAAGGACUAUUCCAACAAUUCGAAUAUAAUGAGUACCAUAAAUGCAUUCAAUUCCAACACUUAUCUGUCAGGUCAUUGAUUGACUGUUACUUUCGUCCACCAUUCUUUCCCGAUGGGCUAGAGCUACGGGUGGGAGUUUCAGAUUUUAAAUCCCUUAUGACGUAUGACUUUAUGUUGGAGAAAUUCCGUAUCCGGCCAGAUAAUGAAGGUACUGUGGAUAUUUUGGAACUAUCGAGGAAUCUGAAACGCCAAUUCAGCUUGAUUGAAACAGAUGAUCUAGAUCUAUUGUCAGACAUACAGUUCAAAUCGUUGAACAUCAGACGUUCCAUUGACUUGACUCAAUUGUUCCAAAUACCUCUCAAAGAGUUGAUCAUUGACGAAGAUCAAUGGGACUCGCUGUUGGAGGGGCCAUUGAGUCGGUCAUUAGAGAAACUCACCCUUCGUGUUAACAAUGGCAGGGUGGCUAAGGAACAUUUACUGUUGAGUUUGGACUUCCCCAAACUUAAACUGUUUAAUUUAUCUUGUCGUGCCCUAUGUAAGACUGCUGAGGUGAUUCUACCCUCAAAUCUUGAAGAAUUUGUGAUUGAGGGUCAAUUAUUGGAAUGUAAGAUGAACUUCCCUCCAGGGAUCCAAAUUAUCCAUUUGGGCCAUGGUGAAACAAAUCUCAUUGAAACUCAUUCCCUUGAAACGUCGGAUAAACUUUUCAAGUCCUUUGCUUGCAGCUUACAUUUCCCUUCGUUGAGAUCACUCUCCGUUGGUUCGUCCGUCAAUAUACUGGUUGAAGAUUUACCACUUACUUUGGAAUCUUUGACUAUGAGGUCAUUGGUUUUAGAAGGAAAUUUGAACAAGCUUCCGAAUUUGACUAAAGUUUCCAUAUUGUCCACGAAACUUGACGUUGUUUUCCAGAACUAUAAGGUUAACCUGCCUUUACCCAAUUCAUUCUCCUUCAAAAUUCAUUCCCAAACAUAUUCUGUAAGAUUCAGUGACCAGCUUAAGUCUUUAUUUUUGUCUAACUCAAAUGUAACUCUGGUUUUGAGCUAUCCAGAGUCAUUGAAAACCCUAGACAUUCGAAAUUGUGGACCUGAAAUGGCAAAACGUUGGCCCCCAAACCUCAAAGGCUUAAGAAUACUGUACAAUCAUCGACAUACUGAGAAAGUGGUAUUACCAGAGUCUCUAGAGGUCUUUCAUUUAUUAUUUGAUCUGAUAGAGAAUUAUCAAUUCAGAAGCAUCAAGCAUUUAUAUCAAUCUAAGUUUCAUUUUGAGACUUUCAAUCCACCAGACAAUCUUCGUAGUUGGGUCUUCGCGGGCAAUAUUUCUUCAAACGAAGGAAUCUUUGAUUUAUCUCAUACGAAAGUGUCAAGAAUUCAAUAUGCCACUACGGGAAGAAUCGAUAAUACUGAGAUUAUCCUCCCUCCCAGUCUCAGAAGGCUCGAAACAAAUAAACGACAUAUCAUGAAUGAUGUCAGGGUUAGUCAAAAAUUAUGCAGGGACGUGUCUAUAGAUUAUUAA